UCACCAGCGCUGAUUGAUCUUUAUUAUUAACACAUCGACGUAAAUAGAUAACACAUCGUUCGGCAACUUUUUAAUAAAUAAUUCCAACUAUGUUAAAUGAAGAACGAUAUUCUUGUAUGUCAAGCCAUGAAGAUCCCAUUAGUGCAGCGGCUCCUGAGGAAAAAGCAUCUCAAGAAGCCGUUACCGUACAUUCGUCCUCUUCAAACCAUUCCACAGGAUCGUCUAAUGAUAUAAGAGAUGAGCGUAUGUACAAGACGAGAGGGGAACAAUUGAUUGAAAAGCGGAGAUGGAAAGAAGCAAUUCGGGAGCUCCACUGUCGCCUUUAUUUUUUAGAGAUGGAUACAAAUGAAUAUAAGGAGACUUUGGAUAUGAUAUAUUUGGCCAGGCGUCAUCUUCUUGUUGAAGUGAUGCCCAUUCCUGUAGUUUUUAAGGAAAUGCUUUUUUUACGUAACAUAGAAGAGAAAUGGUCUAAAUGGAUAUCGCAAAUGGGAUACACAGAGCAUAUGGUCAAUUUCAAUCAAUCUAACAAUGCAAUUGAUUAUAGGGGGAGUACAAUGUUUACCAAAAUAGCAUUAAAGCAAGGGAGUUUGGUCAUGCGAAUUCAACCGUUUGCCACAUCUCCUUGGAGUAUGGAAACCAGGUCUGGAGAAGACGGGGAAUUCCAGGUUGCAGAAUACACCAGUUGCUUUCAUUGUCUUUGUACCAUCAAUCACGUUUCUGAUUUGUAUUAUGAGAAUAAUACUCUUAUAGCGUGUCCGUGCAACCCUUAUGAGUGCCCGUAUGCGUUUUGUUCCGAAGAGUGUUUUUUAAAUAACGGGGCAGUUCAUACAUUAGAAUGCGAAUACUUGGUGAAAUUAAAAUCGUUUGCGGUAAAUAUGCUGAAUGAGACUUUUGUACUAUUGGUGGUGAGAACACUUAUACGUUGCGGUUUAUGUAGGGAUAUAAACAGCCACAAACCUGUCGAAAUAUCUGGAAACACUGCAUCUUAUAGUAGCGAUGAUAUUCUACAGCGCAUUCUUGAUUUUAAGGUGAAUUACUCCUUAAUUGAGAAGAGGCACAAAUCGGUUUUAGAAGAUAUACAAACAUUUGCGCAUUUUUUACUGAACGAACUUGGUGGUCAGUUUUGUUUGUUUCUUACGCAUAGGGAACUUGUGCAUUUAAUAGUAGUGUUGUGGACUAAAAGUUUGGCAAUAUCUCCUGAGAUCUACAUAGGGUCGGAGAGUAUUAAAUUAGGCGGUGUUGCUUUUAGUAUAGAUUUUUUUAAUCUUCAGCAAUCGGUUACUCCUACACUUAGUGUUAACUUUGACUCGGAUGGCAAAAUAUCGAUACGUUCCAUUUACGCUAUGGAACCUGGAACCAGGUUAUACAUCAAUACUGCGUUGGAUAAAUAUUUACCAUCAUUUAAGCAAAACGUUGAGUUUUGGUCUGUUGGAUUGUAUUUAUCUUCUGAGAUGGGUGAUGCCCCUGUAGUUAACAAAAUGCCGGGCAUAUGCUCUAUACGCUGUAGCAGUUGUAUAACGUCUUUUUGUCAUGUUGAGCGAGUUAAUGACGCUACUUCAAUGUCAACGGCAGAAUAUAGGAUGCAGAAUCAGUAUGUUUGGUCUUGCGAACGAUGUUCCACCCUGCAGCAGGACGAUCUCAAUAUGUUGCAGAGUAAGGCGGAAGAUACGCUUCGACGUGUGCAUCGUCUUAAAAGUUGUGGACACUAUUUGACUGCGAAGAAGAUACUCGAGGGUUUUUUGUGGCGAUGGGCUGGUGUAUUACAUACGAACCACUAUCUUCUGUAUAACGCUCAUGUAAUGCUUGCUGGUAUUAAUAUGAACAAGGCUGGAUCGAAUAUUACUGAGGCACUAAUUCAUUUGACAGCUGCAGUGCUUAUGGCAGAGGAAAUGAUGCCUUUAGUAUGCCACGAGAAGGCUCAUCUAUAUUCGCGACUAGCGGAUUUAAUGGGUCAGUUGGUGCUGAGUGACCGUGUAAAUCGCAAAGAGAACAUAGAGUUCAAAAAGAUGACGAUGGAGGCAGCCUAUGCAGCCCUUUGGAAUUGGACAGUGUUGGCAGGUGCUGGGUCACGUGAAGCAUUAUCGCAUAUGCAGAAAUGCAGAUCUUUGGCAUUUCAAAUGAAUAUACAUGUUCCAAGCUUAUCAACGCAUUUUGUUAUUAACGUUCCUGGUAGAUACAUGGAGAUUUUCAAGUUGGUAACUGGGAAAUGUGUAAUACCAUCAAUUCACUUUUCUUCACGAGGCAAGGUGGAUGUUAUUUCUCCUGACAACGUGGCAACAGUUGCUUUUAUGGCAGCUCAGAGUGGUGUGCUUGAUGACGGUGUUUUGGAAUUGCUAAUGUCCGUGGAGUCACGUGGUAUAGUCCAUAUGGGUACCGGUCUAAGUAUAAUGGGCAUUGCUGCAUCUAAUGGCAACGUUGAACUUGUGAAAGCUAUAACUGAAUCGAUUGUCGCUAAAGUUGCAAAGACAUUUGAUUUUUUAACGAAAAAUGAAACCACUGAUGAGGCCGAAGAGACUAUUGUCAACUUGAUAAUAUCUCUAGUUGGUGGGAAUGAAUUAGGUAUAACGCCAUUAAUGGCUAUGGCGUCUGUUCCUGUCGACAGUAAUACCCAAGCGAUAAAAAAUGAGAUAAUCAUAUGUCGAUUAAUGUUUGAAUGUGCUGAUAAGCUAGACGAUAUAAUUGCGAAGUACAAAGGGGAUAUAGAACCUAGACUUGCGAGCUUAAUGUGGCUCCUCUCUUCGGACGUAUCGGUUAAGAGUUUAAUUCUUGAUGCACGCACCCACAAUUUCUUCAAGUGUCAAACUUGUUUGCAUUACGCUGCAUCUAAAGGAAAACGUAACUUAGUGCAAUAUUUGGCUAGGGUGAGCGGUAACGUUAAUCAAAUAAACCUUGACGGUGCUACUCCACUACAUUUGGCUGCGCUUGGAGGGCACCUUGAAGUAUGUGAGACAUUAAUAAGUUUUGGGGCCAAACAGAACAUUCCAUUAAACACUGGUGAAUUACCCAUCCACCUAGCCAUAUACGCUCUUGAUGAGAAAACAGUGAAAUUGCUUCUUGAACCUUACGUUAGGCAAACGUCAACAAAGGAUACAACUUUCAGGAGUUUUUGCUCAGGAGAUGCCCAGAAGCGUGGUCCAUCUAUAUGGCAUGCUCUUGUUUCUGGGAUUUAUAGACCUACGCCUGACUCACCCAAUGGAUGCACAUUAGCAUUGGACGUACUGGUUACAAGGUUGGCUAAAGCGGUACAGAUCGCGCAAUACUUGGCCGAACACACAAGCGCUAAGGAAGCAUACGUCUGGUCUAACACAGCGCCGUCACAAGUUUUAUGUCAGAAGUGGCAAGAUUAUAUGGAAGCCAAUAGCAACCGCUUUGAUCCACGGGAGAACUUCAAAAGGCUUAACGUUUCCAAUGUAAAUGCUGUAUUGCAGAAGGGCAGGGCGGUAUCGGAGAAGAUAGCAUCUGAUUGUAUUUUCAAUGACGAUACAGAUGCUAUAUUUGCUGUUACUAGGGCUAUUCAGUUUCUUACACAAUUACUUCGACGUGCCGAGGAUGGCACAUCGGAUUCAACGGGUCGCCAUAUGGGUGUAAUACCCACACCCACAGAGACGCGUUAGAU